AUGAUAUCAGCGAAAGAUACAUUCCUGUCUGGGUGGUACGAGAACGCAGGUUUCGAAUACGUUGAGCUCCCGCCAACUUCAAAUGGCAUCAUUCAGGAUUUCAAUGACUCAGACUCUGAAGAGUACACGCGCGCGGUGAAGCAUUGUCGUCAACAGACCAUAAAACAAUCAUUCGCUAUGUACUUGGCUGUGACCGACAUCCAAUCUCCGCUUGGAGAGACCCUGCUUCCCACGUUCAAAUUGGCUUUGGGCCUCCAUUAUGACCCGACCGGCAAUCACACAUCAUAUUGGUCAGGAACGGUACUCCUUGCGGAGGUGCCUCGCGCAUCUUACUGGACGAAAGGAGUAUUCCAUAGACCAGAUAAUGACAUCGGCCUUCUGCAAGAGACACAGGCGAAGGAUGGGUUGUAG